AUGUAUGCAACAAGCAAAUAUGGCUUGCGGCUUACGCAUGGAACAAGACGGAAUGUGAUAGGCAUUUUGAGGUGCCGAAACGUAUGGACCCCUGCCAUUGCUACAUACGUCGAGCAAAUAGGGUUUGAAAAGUGGGCUCAUCCUUAUUGCCCAGGCGAUCGGUUCACACUUCAAAAUUGGUUUGCUUCUCGUCUCGAAAAGGCUAGUAAGUGCGCUACUCCUUUGGCUACUACUUUUGAAAAUGAUUUAAAGGAUCAACACAAAGAUGGUAUGUUCAGGAGUGUCCUUCGUAAUGGUGCCCAAUUGUUCAACGUUGGUACGAGUCCUCAAGGUGAGAGAGGUGGUGAUGUGAACUUAGUGGAGAGAACAUGCACUUGCGGACUUUUCCAAAUGCUGAAAAUCCCUUGUCCACAUGCAUGUGCCGCAGCAGUUAGUCAGAAUGUGAGCGUGUACACACUUUGCUCUCCAUAUUACACUAAAGAAACGUGGAAGAAAACCUACGAUGCCACAAUUAAUAUUGUUGGCGAGGAGGAUGAGUGGGUACUACCGGAACAUAUCAAGAACAUAAGAAUCGGGGUACCAGUGGAGAAAAAACCAGUAGGUCGGCCUAGGAAGAGCAAUGCAGGUAGAAGACCGACGAAGCGUCGACCUUCUAAAGGGUCGGUGGUAGUGGAACCUCGUCAUUGUUCGCUAUGUCACGGUUCAGGGCACAACAGAGCUACAUGGAAAGCUCGAGUUUGA